GGUUCUGUUUACAACAGAUGGCUGUUUCCACCAAAUUUACUAAUUCAAAUAGGUGGCAUUUUCUUUAGAUUGAACUAUGUCAAACUUUCUGUAUUCAUCCGCCCACGAGCAGCCUUUUCAAACAUAACAAGACGCAUAUGAUUACAACGAUAGCGAGAGACUGUGGGAGGUCUGUGACGUUUUGCGUUCCGGGUCUUAAGGGGGGUAGGGGGAAGGGGAAAGAAAUCCAGAAUGGCGUCUGCUUAACUUUCGUAUGGAUGAAUUGGAUGGCUGUGUUGGGUUGGCCGUGCAAGUUUGAUGCCUGAGAGAGACGUUUGGCUGUAAAUGGUUGUAUGUGAUGAACUCUAGAGUCAGCUUUUGUAUUUAGAGGGUGUGAAAAGUGUGGGAUUGAGAGUGUGUGUGUGUUUCUUUCCGAGUGUAAAGAUCGGCUCCUUCUCCCUCUUUCCAGUUGUGUACAGCUCGAGUCACCGUCGAUGGAAACGACAGCAUUUCAUUCCCCGUUUGCGAUGAUUAUUUAUCCGUACGAUCGAUCAUUGUAAGAGUUGUUAGUACCUCGUCGGUUAAUUUACCCGCCUGAAAAUGAGCUGCAGCUACAUUCAAGUUGCUGAGGAUGAAACUGAAGAGCCCAUAGAACUGCCCACUGAGGAUGACAGUGCCCUAUUGCUCAGUACCCUGGCUGCCCAAUUUCCAGGGGUUUCGGGCCUCAAGUACAGGGCUCCAGAGUCUCGCUCAAUGAGAGGAGUCAGGCUUCUUGAAGGAAGGUUUCAACCACCAGAGGAUGGCUGGGGAAACCACGUCUACAUCUGUGUGUUCCCCAAAGAAAACAAACGAAAGUCAGAUGACCACCCUGAAAACUCUACAGCCAAAACCAAACGGAUGGAGAUGAGGCUAAAGUGUUCUGACCUCAUUGUACUUGGAUUACCAUGGAAAACAUCUGAACAAGACCUAAGGGUGUAUUUUGAAAACUUUGGUGAACUUUUGAUGGCACAGGUCAAAAAGGAUGCAAAAACUGGCCAAAGCAAAGGUUUCGGUUUUAUCCGAUUCGCCAACUACGAUUCUCAAGUCCGCGUUCUAUCUCAGCGGCAUCUUAUUGACGGUCGAUGGUGUGACGUCAAAAUUCCCAACUCGAAAGCGGGAGGCACCCCACAAGUACCGUGUAAAGUAUUCGUUGGCCGUUGCACUGAAGAUAUCACCGCAGAUGAUCUACGCGAUUAUUUUUGCAAGUUCGGAGAAGUGACAGACGUAUUUAUCCCGAAACCGUUCCGGGCAUUUUCGUUUGUCACCUUCUUGGAUCCCGAAGUUGCCCAGUCGCUAUGCGGGGAGGAUCAUAUCAUCAAAGCAGGUACGUCGGUGCACGUAAGCAACGCCGCACCCAAGACGGACAUCUCUUCUCGUUACACGACUUACCAGCAACCUCCAGCUCACCACCACCAUCACCACCAGCAGCAACAGCAGCACCACCAUCAUCAGCAUCAGCAGCAGCAACACCAUCACGCCCAGCAGCAGCAUCACCAUCAUCACCACCAUCACGCCCAGCAACAACAGCAGUACGGUCACCAGCACCAGCAACAUCACACUCCGCCACACAGUCACGGAAUGGGCCCACCAGGUCCGUCUAGAGGACCGCCGGCUAUUCCAUACACAGGAGUACUCCGCGGCCCAGGUCUUGGAGGGGAUGGAAUGACUUCCAAAGGCGGGCCUUGGGGUGCAGCUGGGGGUCCGGGUGGUGCAUCGGCCGGAGCAACGGCCAAUCCAUACCACCACCAGGGACCAAAUCCUUUCCACCAAGGUGCUGCACCCGGUACUAACUCGGACUGGUGGCAUUCGAGUGGAGGUGGACCAUCUCCAUACCAACCGUCGUCAGUGGGAGGGGCUUGGUCGGGUCAGCCGCCUCCGCAUCAACACAGCAAUCGUCCACACACGGACCUGCCUAAUUUAGCCGCACUGGGAUCGUCUUUAGGCCUGACGGCAGCCACGGCGGGCAGUCCGGCUCCACCAGGUGCUGCGCAAUUGACGAGCAUGGGCGCCCUGAACUUGGGAGCCCUUCCAGUUGGAUCAGCUUUAGUAGCGGCCGCUUUGAACCAGGCCGGAUGGGGCGGAUUGUUCAGUAGCUUGCAAGGACCGCAAGCCCCGCCUCCGCAACAACAACAGCAACAACAGCAGCCGCAAGAUGGAUCUGGAGGUCCCGGUAGUUACCCGACAGCGGCCCAACAACAUCAACAACAUCAAGCCAUGGCUUCGGUGGGCAUGCCGUUACCAGCUCCGAACAACGGACCGGGAGGAGGAGCUUCGGGACUUUUAGGAUGGGGGGAAAGUCCCGGUCCGGUGACAGUGGCGACGGCAAGUGGCGUGCAACAACAACAGCAGCCCCAACAGACGGGCACUCCCCAAUCGCAACAACAACAGCAGCAACAGCAACAGGCUCCAUGGGGCCAGAGACAACAGCAGGAAGACCCCGGUCCUAAAGGACCUCCCUACACCAUGAAAUACAAUUAAGUCGUGACAGUCGGGGAAAGGAAAAACCAAAAAAACACAGUGCGAAUAAAAGGAAAGGGAAUUUUUGAAAAUGCGCGCCAAAAAUGUGAUCGUGAAAUCUGAUUUGUGCGAGAUAAAUUAAAGUACGUGUCAUGGCCGCCCUGCGAAUUGAUUGAUGAGUAGACUGACUGAAGUUUGAUUGUGGUCGUAUCGUGUGUGAAUUUUUCUAUCUUCUUUUCAUAGUAAGAAGAAUUUUUUUUGUUUGUUUCUUAAGUAACGAGUUGUUGUGUGUGUCUUUUGUUUACUACCCUUACCGCUAUCUUUUGUGUGUGUGUGUGUGUAACCCUGCGCUAAUUUGUGGUCCCAUCCACCUCCGUGUUUAACAUUAGAAAUUGGAUCCACGAACAGGAUAAAAAGCAAGGAGAUAUUAUUUAGCCAGGUGUGUGUGUGUGUGUUCCCUUUUUGGUUAAGUAUAUUUGUUUUUCUUUAAUGCGUUUUGCUUGGGCUGAAUUUUUAAUUGUUUCUUUUUUUUAUCAACUUAAAAAAAAGUUUGUAUUUCGGGAGUUCCAGUGUUCUCUUCGUUGGGGGGAAAGCUCUUCAGUUCUAGGUGGUUCAGUCACAAGGAAUUCACUCAUUUUUUUUUUUUUAAAGGGUGAAAGAAGUCUCUUUUUUUAAUCAUCUUUCAAGGAGAAAUUUUUCACGUAGGGAAUAACAUUUUUUUCGGAAGACAUUAGAUUCGUUUGUGACGUGUACUUGUGUAGAAAAAAUGCGAACCCAAUAGGCUACAGACCGAGGGGGGCCACAAAUUCUUUGUGCUUACAGGUGCGUAGCUUAGGAGAGAGAGAUUUAUUUAUUCUGCGCAAAUAACGAACGAAAGAUUGGAGAAAAGAAAAACAAUUUUAAGAGAGCAUUUAUUUAAAAGUGUAAAGCAAAGAGAAUGAUUGAUUUUCAUACCCAAACUUUGUUGGCUCGCACCGAGUCGCAAACGAAAGGUAAACUCAAUUUUUUUUCACACGUGUGAAUCGUCGCUUAUCGCCCAGAAUGUCAUUAAAAAUUCUCUUUAUUUUUUAAUCCGUCACGUGUGUGUGUGUGUCCCCCCCUUUUUUGCUGUGGCUCUCCUUUUAAUUUACCAAUCGUUGUCUUGAUUGGCUAGUUUGUUUCACGUACCGCAGUGUGUGUGUGUGUGUGUGUUAUCCAUUUAUGAUUGUGUGUAAAAAAAAACAGAUACAAACCCGCCACACCAAGACUUUUGUUUUUCAAAAAUGUGGGUAAAUUUGAAAGGUGGAAGAUUGUAACACAAAAAACAAUUGAUGUAUGCGACAAACAGCUAUGACACCACCACCACAUAACCUUCUCUUUCGUGUCACUAUGUAUAUCUAUAU